AUAAGUUAAAAGGAUAAUCUCGUUGGUCGAAUAAACAGUCAAAAUUAGAUUUGUUUUUCCCAAAACAUCUUUAGAACCAGUUUAAUUUUAUGUGGAUUAGUUUCACAACUUAGUUUUAUUUCAAUACUUCAAAAACGUUGCAAACCAAAUUUGUUCCGAAAUCUUUAUGUUUGAUUCAAGACGUUACCUUAAAAAAGUGUUCGCUUGAAACUAGAAGUUUUUCAUGAUUCUGCAAACGAGAGCUAGUUUUAUCGGCGGACCUGAAAACAAGAUUAGAGAUGCGAAUUACACUAUCAAGAAAAGUUCGCUUGGUUUGAAGACAUUGUCUCAAAGACAGACCACCUUCUGCUACACAGUGAAUCCAAGCACAGUCAAUCUUCAGGCAAAGCAGCCGACAAAUAAGAAGUUGGCCGACAGUUUCAAGUGUUGUACGCACGCCAUGUUUCCAACUUCUGCGCUAGACCACGCCCCCGUCAAGCUCCAAAGGGGGGCUCAAAAUGUGCACCCCCUCGCAACCAGGUCUUCCUUGCUGCCCCAGGAUCCAAUGGUGGCUGAAAAAGAGGCAGCUAAUCAACCAGAACAGUUUGUGACAUUUGGACAGGUUGAGUUUUGCGAGACACCUGUGAAAACAAAAACCAGCCGACGUACCAGCCUCGGAGCUUUUAUUCAGAAGAUCAAGCAAAACGACAUUUUGAGUUCUCAUGGAUCAUCUAAGCAGAAGUUGGAUGUAUGUUCGACCCCAAGUCAGUCGAGUGUGCAACUGGCGGCAUCGGGCAAAGAUCAAAGCGAUUGCAACACCACGACGACCACCAAACUGCUUAAAAAUAGCAGCAAGAAACAUCAUCAGGUGCUCAAGACUCAGAGAAGCAACUCCAUGUCGAUGAAUAGAAACCGAAACAUUUUCACCACUGGCAAAAACAGCGUCAAAAACAACUGUGACCGAUUGAACAGUAAUAAACAAUGCAGCGUGAACGAGGAUGAUUCCACAACAGAACAAAACAACUACAACAACAACAACUGCAACAACACCUGUUCUCCAAGUGAGCAAGUGAUUGCUGAAAUGAAAAAAGGAUUCCUGAACGUUCUUAGAUCUCAAAGUGCUCUCCCAUUAUUCCAUCAAUUCCUAGUCAAAGAAUUCUCAGAGGAAAAUCUCGAGUUCUGGAUGAAUGUGGAACAGUUCCGGGGAAUGGAAGACCCAGUGGAUAGAAUGGAAAAAGCGGAAGAGAUCUACGAGACAUUUGUGUCAAAUUGUGCCCACAAACAAGUGAACAUGGAUGCCAGAUUACAUUCGGACAUCAAAAGCAAAAUGGCCAUUGCAACCACCAGUAACAACACCAGCUGCUCAAGCACUCUCUUCAACAAUGCUCAAGACGCAACCUUCAAAUUGAUGGAAAGAGACAGCUACAAGCGAUUCCUGGAAAGUCUCCAUUCUCAGAAUCAGAUCAGCUCCCAGAAUCAAAGCAACGGGAAAAGAUAAUUGAGAAGAGCCAAUUCCAACUGCGCUAUUUGCUAUAAACUGUAUCGCAAUAAAUGCAAUAUCAUUGGGUCAAUUGCGGCAAUAAGCCGAUUAAUGUGUCCAUACUGA